AUGGCGGCGGCGCCGGGGAGUGGCGGAGGCGGCGUGUCCGGGGUGGAGGAGUUCGUGGGCUUGCGGGCCGGGGCGGUGGAUCCGGGCCGGGGCGGGAGGCGGCGGCGGGGCCGGGCGAGGGGCUCGAAGAACAAGAAGCGGAGCUGGCGGCGUCUCGGGGAGCAGCCCCUGGGCCUCCAGCUCGAUCGCUUCCUGGACGAUGUCCGCCUGCAGGAGCGCGCCGCCGGGGGGCUUGUGGCCGAGAAGCCGGAUGAAGCCCUGUUCUUCUUGGACACUGGGAAUGAGGUGAAAGACUCGAAACUGAACCGUGGUAAGAAGAAACCGUUGCGCAUCGAUGUGAUCCUGGAGUCCAGAUCCCAGGUGGCCCCUCCCAAAGACAUCCUGGCUUACCAGGUCCCCAAUGGGAAGAAGCUGAAGCGGAAACAGCAGCUGUUGGAGCGGCUGACCCAGCGCGGGGUGGUCAGCCGGGAGGUCCGGCGGGCCCGGGCCCGGCUCCGGAACCCCCCGCCCGCCAAGCCCAAGGCCACGGCCGGCCCUGGGGAGCCCCCCAACAGGUCCUUCUAUGACCUCUGGGCCGACGACAACCCCUUGGACCGCCCGCUGGCCGGGCAAGACGCCUAUUUCCUGGAACAGACGAAAAAGCAGCGGGUCAAGCGGCCGCGGCGGCUCCAGGUCAAACCCUCCCCGGUGCCGGCCGUCGAGGUGACCCCCGCGGGCGGCUCCUACAACCCGUCAUUCCAGGCCCAUCAGGCCUUGCUCUCGAGAGCCCACGAGGUCGAGCGGCAGCGGCAGAGGGUGGAGGAGAAGCUUUCGAGACAGCUCAAGCUCCCCACCGCGGACCAGGCCCCCACGCAGGAGUCUCGGUUCCAGGAGCUGUGUGAGGGGCUGCUGGAGGAGUCGGACAGCGAGAUCCCGGAGCUGGAGCCCGAGGCGGAGGCCGAGAUCUGCGACGUGAAGCCCGCGGCCGCCGCGCCCCCCAGGAAGAAGACGGAGCAGCAGAGGAGGCGGGAGAAGGAGGCCAAAGCCCUGCGCGUCCAGCGGGCCGCGGAGCGGGCUGCCCGGCAGCGGCACCAGGAAGUUUUCCGGCUCCGGGGCAUCAGGCGGCAGGUGGCACAGCGGCUGGCAGAGCUGGCCCGGCGGAAGGAGCUGCGGCGGGCACGGCGCCUGGCUGAGGCCGACAAGCCCCGGAGGCUGGGCAGGCUCAAGUACCAGGAUCCUGACAUCGACGUCCAGCUGAGCAGCCAACUGUCCGAAUCACUGCGCACGCUGAAGCCCGAAGGCAGCAUUCUCCGGGAUCGCUUCAAGAGCCUGCAGAAACGCAACCUCAUUGAGCCCAGAGAGCGGGCCAAGUUCAAGAGGAAGUACAAGCUGAAGUACGUGGAGAAGAGAGCCUUCCGCGAAAUCCAGCUGUAGCUGCGGGGGUCGUGGGUGUGCCCCUCUUCUGUUCCAUUAAAGCCGUUUCCCCGCCCA